AAUGGUCAGCUGAUCGGACUGUUCGCCUCGAGCUCUCGUGUUUGUGUCUGGAGGUGACGGAGUGUUACUCUGAAGGGAUGUCUAAUGGGGCCCUUUACAGUGGUUUAUUUGUGCUGGUUAAUAAUGGAAACUUCAACUCUCUCUGCCCGAAUGGGUCUGAGUGGGUUUGGAAGGGUCUGGGGGAAUGUGCCCAGGAUGCCAGAGAUAUUGCCAGUGUGAUUCUCGGGCUGCUGUCAAUAGUUUGCUUCAUGGUAUCCUCAAUACCGCAGUACUACAGUUCCUGCAAGACAGGGAAUAUGGACAGCGCUCUGUCUAUUUGGUUCCUUUUAUUAUGGCUGGGAGGUGACACAUGCAAUCUUGUUGGGUCGUUCUUGGCAGAUCAACUUCCACUACAGAUGUACACUGCAGUGUACUAUGUGUUUGCAGAUGGGCUUAUGCUGUCAAUGUACAUCUACUACAAACUAAAGAAUAAAAUGGCAAGGGACAGAGACAGUUCAUUGCUGAAUGCAAUCAACAUGCUGUGUCUUCUGGGAAUAUCAGCUUCGUUUCUCAGUCUCCCUCACUCAGCCUUGGAGUAUCAGAUGCCUGUAGGGUUCAAGGGUCGAGUUCUACUGGCUGUGGAGGAUGAAAACGGUUCGUUACAGCCCUUUACUACAAAGGAGAUUAUAGGCUUUAUCAUUGGCUCCGUGUCCUCAGUACUGUAUCUGUGCUCCAGACUGCCACAGAUGUACACCAAUUUUCGUCGGAAGUCAACAGAGGGCGUGUCUUUUUUCUUGUUUGCCCUUGUGAUUCUGGGAAACACUACAUAUGGCAUAAGCGUGCUACUGAAGAACCCAGACCGAGGGCAGGGAGAGACCAGCUACAUCAUGCACCACCUCCCCUGGCUCAUCGGCAGCCUAGGAACUCUCUCACUUGACCUCAUAAUAUCCGUGCAGUUUAUGAUGUACAGCAAAUCUCCUCGCAAUUCCACUGAUACAGACGAAGAGACUGCCGCCCUUCUUCACGGCUGAAAAACCCCCAUUCCAGCUUUUAUUUGUCGAUGUUGGAGAUGCCUUGUGCAGCUUUUGCGCAUCAGAGUGCAUCUCGUUCCCUCCACCUACAUGGCUAAAAUACAAGAACAUAAAACUUGAUAGUGGAUAGUUAUUUACAUUUUAUUAUCAACAGAUUUUAGUUAUGUCAGCAGAUAAAGUUUCUUGUCCUAUGGAAAAUACUGAACAUUCUUAAAAGGUUCAAAUGUUUGACACCAAAGGGACUAAAACACUUUCAAAAAUAUAUAUAUAUUUUUUUGUGCAAAGCAUAAAAUCAUGUUAAAGUUCACCCAAAAAAUGAAAAUUAAUUCAUCUACUCACCCUUAUGCCAUCCCAGAUAUGUAUGACUUUCCUGCUGGAUUCGAGUGAAUCCACCAGUUUGAGUUUUUUUUGGUCUAUAAGAGGGAAUGGGUGCCAAAAUUUUGAAGCUACAAAAAUCACAUUAGUCAGCAUAAAAGUAAUCCAUAUGACUUUAGUGGUUAAAUCAAUAUCUUCAGAAAUGAUAUGAUAGGUGUGGGUGAGAAACAGAUCACGUUUACAUUUUUCUUGUGUUUUUGGUGAUUCACAUUCUACAUGCUUAGCAAAAAAGAACUUGAAUAUCGAUCUCUUUCUCACUCACACCUAUCACUUCACUUCUGAAAAUAUGGAUUAAAACACUGGAGUCUUACUUUUUGAAGCAAAACAUUUUUGGCACCAAUCCACUUCCAUUGUGUAGACCUACAGAGCUGAGAUAUUCUUCUAAAAAUCCUAAUUUGUGUUCUGCAGAAAAAAAGAAAGUCAUACAUAUCUGAGAUUGCAUGGGGGUGAGUAAAUGAUGAGAAUGUUUAUUUUUGGGUGAAACAAUCCCUUUAAGUAUUUGGACAUCAUUGAUAAUAUUGACUGGGGAAAAAAACUGUAAAAAUAGGUUGCCUUCACUUUGUUUACUGUAAUUGAUUGUUUAAAUGCUGCUUUCAUUGUCUUGUAAUCUGUUGUACAAAUGUCUGAAUUGUUAUAUACCUUUAUAGUGAUCAUAUAUCUUUAUAGAGGAUUUCACACUGCACUUGUCAGUCAGAUGUGACUUUUAUUGAAGUUUUUUUUUUUAAGUCUUGUUUAACUCUCUCUCUCUCUCUCUCUCUCUCUCUCUUCUGUGAUAUCACCCAACAACCACAAUGUUUUGUGGGCAAACAUGUUUGAUCUUUGUGUGUUUGUGUAUUGAAUUUGUUUAUUUUUCCAAGGCGAUGACCACACAAGCAGCAACUCUGCAAAUAAAUAACACGCCUCACACGAAGCACACAAGCAAGU